AUGGGUUGUGCUAAAUCAUCGGAAGCUGAUGAACGCCAAGGUGGUGGUAACAGACUAAGAAGACCCAGGCCAUGGCGACACGAGGGCAAUCGAGUUUCAUGGAGUGAGCUUCACGAGAUGCGCACCACUUUCUGGCGUAAUGCCCCACGUUACGCCGGCCGAGCAGCAAUUUGGGAAGCCCUUGAAGCAGCAGCUGAGUGCGACUUAACCUAUGCACAAAGAAUUCUCGACAGCAAUAGCAUUAGAUAUCCAAAUGGUGACAUGACACUUUGCAUUGAUGAUGAAGGUACAAGGUAUGAGUUACCGCCAUACCUUUUGAGUGAGCCGACAAAUAUGGACCGUGGUGCUGCAAACAUGAUUGGUCGCAUUUUAAGGAGGUAA